AUGUCUCAGGAGCCUCCAACGAAAAGAGCCGGACGGGCUUGUUUGAGUUGCCGGUCAAGGAAGAUUCGCUGUAACUUCGAAGAGUGUGGCCCGCCGUGCAGCAAUUGUCUCACUGAUGACAUUGAAUGCUUCACCGCGAAGUCCAGACGAGGCAAGAGGCCUUAUCGACAUCUCAGGAACAAGGCAAAGGCUUCGAAGGACAGGAAUGCUACAGGUGCAAAUAAAACAUCUUCCAAUCCCAACGUCAAGGGAUGUGGAGCACCCGUCCUGUUGAGCAAAGUCUUUCCCACUCAUACGGCAGGAUGGCUUGAUGACAAUGUGGAGUCGCCUUUGCUGUCUCAACACGGUGUCGAUGCACCCAAACAUUGUGUUGCUCAGUUGGAUGAACGCUUCUUGCACCAGGAAUUAACUUACGCAUCUCUUGUCGACAAAGGCGCCGUUCAUACUUCGUUGUCUGCCGCCUUGACACCUCGAAGCUUGAGCGCCCCUCCUCCGCCUUGUAUUUCAGAGAACUCCUUCAAGAUAAGCCAUGGUGGUCUUCCAACUUUUGUUAAGCCAUUAUCUCCCGACCUCACUCCAGACGAUAUUGACUAUCUCCGUAUGAAAGGCGCACUAGACGUACCGUCGCCGAAGUUUAUGAAAGCUAUCUUGACGGCCUAUGCCCAUUUUGUCCAUCCAAUGAUGCCCACAAUUGACCUUUCAUGCUGUGUUGGGGUCCUGGCUGGCAAGAGCGCGAGCAUCGGUAUCCUGACAUUGCAAGCUAUUGCUUUCACCGCCAUUCCUUUUGUAGAUCUAAGUGAUAUACGCAAAGUGGGUUUCGAUACACGGCGCGCCUGUCGAAAGGCAUUCUAUAAUAAGACCCGGUUGCUCUACGAUCAUGAUGUUGAGAGUGAGAAGAUCUCCAUAAUCCAAGCUGUACUCCUCAUGGCAUAUUGGAAUGAGAAACCAGGCGAUAACAGAGGCGCAUGGUACUGGACGGGAAUUGCUAUUACUCUUGCACAAACCCUGGGUAUGCACAGGCAGGCCGAAUACAAGGUCAAGUCGCAAGAAACAAAGCUGUUCAAGCGAGUGUGGUGGUCUUGCUAUACUCGAGAUCGAAUGUUAGGGAUUGCGAUGGGACGAUAUCUGCGAAUCCGAGACGAGGAGUUUGACACGCCUCCGCUUACACUUGAAGAUUUUGACUUCAUCAACUAUCCUGGUGAGGAAGACACAAUCUUUCCGAGCAUGGAUGACCAGAUAUCGCUAGCAGAGAUGUGCAUAAAUGCCACAGAGAUAUGCAAGCUGAGCGGCAAAAUACUUGCACUUCAUUUCUCCGUUCUUCAAGACGAAUUCAGCACUUCGACAGCCAGGGGGGACAACGGGUCGACAGCAACCAUGCUGUUUGCGAAAAGGAGCUCACCUGGGAAAGAACUGGUGCAAAUCUACGAUGACCAACUUCAAGCCCUUUACAGCCGUCUUUCCCCUUCUUGCUCUUACCGAAUCCUAGCCAGUCAAGGGGUCACUAGUCGUUGCAUUAUGGCUAAUGCAGCAUCCUUGUAUAUCACCUUUUGGACGGCUGUAUCAGCCCUACACCGACCUCAACUUCGAGAGCGUGACAAAACGGUCUCAGCCGCUCGAGUUGAAGAAGCUGCCAUUGAAGUCUCGCGUGUUGAUCGAGAAAUGCACAAAUCGGGUCUGGGCCGGUACCUCCCUGCCACUGCGUCCGUAUCAUUUCAAAUAACCACGUUUAUCACGCAUACAAAGCGUCUCGAACGCCAAGAGACUGAAGACGUGGCGGAGGUACUUGAAUCCCUUUUUUUCUGUAUCAAACUAAUUGAGACGGGUCGGGAGGCAUUCCCUGGCGGCGACCAAGCAUUCGACAUGAUGUCGUUCAUCGCCCUUCUCGCUAAUAUCACCCUGCUGUUCGACUCAGAAUCAAAUCUUUGGGGAGUCGAGUACCACGGCGUUCACGUCUGUCCGGGAAGUCGUCAGCUCAACUUGGACGCGAGUACCGUAUCUUCGAGUUUUAAGGAUGUGUCUCCCUGUGAGAAUGUCACGGAUCUGCCCCUUACGCGCCAUGACGAGAUGCCAUGCACUAAGAGAGAUUUACAGAGCAUUGAUCCGCAAGCCCUCUCAUUUGAUCAUAUGGACGCGAUUGACUGGGGAAGUCUUGCUGAUUUUCUGCCUCUGUCCAACACCGACGAUGAGCACUUUUUCGGUACGAUUGCCAAUUCGGACUGCCUGCAAAGUGUAAAAAUGGGGUGA